AUGUCCGCCCUCUCCGACCGCGACACGAACGUCCAGCCGACCUCGAGCCCCAUCGCAGCAGAAAAGCAGACGGCGGAGGGAGCGGAGAACAUGGCACACGACGCCAGCAACACCAAGCAGUCGGCCGAGCAGAAGUUCUCUUUGAACAACGACAAGCAAAGCGCAACCUACAUCAGCCCGUCGGAUUCCAUCUUGAGCCCUGCCAGCCAGAAGCUGUCGAACUUCAAGCAGAAGCAAAUUACGAAGCAGACUGGAGGUAAAACGCCAGCUGCUCGUACUCUCUUCGCGAGGACCGCAAGCAGUUGCUCCAAUGGUGGGUUCGAGGAUUUCAAAGAUGGAGAGGAGAAGGCAUAA